GUUGUUUUCUCAAAGUUGCAUUCACAUGUGAUUGUCUCUUUCAGCACGUAAUGGAUAAAUUUGAAAGGACGUUGGUAGAGGUGAAUGGUAAAGCAGAACUGAAGGAGGAUGCAGUGGAUGAGUUAGAUAGUCAGGAUGAUCAGCUAUAUGGAAAGCGACCUCGUGUUGAACGAAAAAGAGGCAGACCACCUGGCCGAAGUAGAGGAAGAGGAUCAUUUAGAUCUCGUGGGAGGCCAAGAACCAGUGGCCUCCAGAAGUCUCAGAGCAGAAGUGUUGUUAAGAUAGAGGUUGAUGAGGACAAACUCGAGGACUUAACAGCAACUUACGUCACAGAAGUCACAUCGCCACCUUCCUUAAAGACCAUUAAGAAGGAAGAUAUAAUGAAUGAUUUGGAGUCUUCCAUAGAGCAUGAGGAUUGCAUUAAUGAAGAGGAGGAAAGUGAAGGUAUUGUUGCUGUGGUUGGACCAUCAGGAGAAAACAUGGUGGAACAAGUUUCCGUGGAAUUGCAAGGAGACGUCUUAGAAGUUGUGGGGGAAGUGUUGGAGGAAGAAAAGAAGCAAAACAAGAUGUUUUCAUGCUCAGAAUGCGACAAGCAGUUUCUCUCCAAAGCUGCCGUUCGUAACCACAUCAAGGUCCACAGUCACCUCGAUACUUAUGAUUGUCUGGAUUGUGAAAAGUCAUUUUCAACCAAGUAUAAUCUGCAAGCACAUUUAAAGACUCAUGAAAAUCGUGAGAAGAUUCAUGAAUGCAAGGCUUGUGGGAAAUCUUUUUAUACUACUUAUCAGUUGUCCACUCACCUGAAGUCUCAUAAUGGUCACAGAAACUUUGUGUGUGAUAUUUGUGGAAAAUCUUUGUCCACUCAAAAGACACUGGAACUUCAUGCCCUCACACACUCAGGAGAAAAGCCAUUCCAAUGUGAAAUUUGUGGGGCAACUUUCAGACAGAGGAGUAAUUUACAUACUCACAUAAAAGCAACACAUUAUCAAGAGAAGAACCAUCAGUGUAACAUAUGCCAGAAAUCUUUUGUUAGGAAGAGGUUACUUGCAUAUCACAUGAACAGUGCACACACAGGCGUGAGGCCUUACAAAUGUGAACUCUGUUCUGCCACCUUCGUAUAUCCUCACUAUUACAAGAGACAUUUAAGGAAGCAUACUGGAGACAAGCCUCACAAAUGUCACGUCUGUUCGAAGCAGUUCACCACCAGAGAGAACCGCAAUUCGCAUCUUUUCACCCAUUCAAACAAACGGCCAUACGAAUGCAAGAUUUGUGGCGCCGGUUUCAUGCGCAAGCCUCUGUGCUUGACUCAUGUGGCUGCUGCUCAUGGCUCAGGGGGUGCUCCUGAAGAGUACAUCGUUUUCAAUUCACCAAGUAUGAUGUUGACUGGAGCCCCACAGGCGAGCCUUCCUGAGGAAACCUUAAUAAUUCCAGAUGAUACAGAGACUGACCGUACAGUACAAACUGUGAGGAUGGUUGGAGGAACUGUCACGCAAGAGGCAGGGGAUGAAACCGCCCAGAUAUAUACGAUGCGAGAUGAUAAAGUAGUGAAGGUGAUGUCAAGAUCUGGCUACAUCAUUGAGGCUGAAGAUAACACCCGCUACGUCAUUCAUACCACCGAUCGGGGCAGAGAUGAACAUAUGGAUCAUUUCUUUGCUGCUAUACAAGGCCAAGUUGUUGAAGUACGGACUGAUGACUUUUAGUCUUAUUUACAUAUCAUUAGGAUGGUUAAUAAACAAACAUUUAUU